AUGCGAUCCAAGUUCAAGGACGAGCACCCCUUCGAGAAGCGCAAGGCUGAAGCCGAGCGUAUCCGCCAGAAAUACGCUGACCGUAUCCCCGUCAUCUGCGAAAAGGUCGAGAAAUCCGACAUCGCAACCAUCGAUAAGAAGAAAUACCUCGUCCCUGCAGACCUCACCGUCGGCCAGUUCGUGUAUGUCAUCCGCAAGCGCAUCAAGUUGUCGCCCGAAAAGGCCAUUUUCAUCUUUGUCGAUGAGGUGCUUCCGCCUACUGCGGCGUUGAUGAGCAGCAUUUACGAGGAGCAUAAGGAUGAGGAUGGUUUCUUAUAUAUUACAUACUCCGGCGAGAACACAUUCGGUGACUGCUGA